AUGAAGCUCGAAGAGUUCGAUAACAUAUCCGGCGGACGUCGCGUUAUAAAAAUACUAAAACUGUUGGGACUUUGGCACUACGGCGGUGCUUUCAAAAUGCCUUACUUACUCUACUCCGGUCUGCUGCACUCCAGCUUCACCAUACCAUACACCAUAAUGAUGUGCCUGGAUGUGGUGCAAGCAUCGAAUUUAGAGAAGUUCACUAAUACCAUGUAUAUGACACUCACCGAAUUGGGUUUGGUGGCGAAAUUGGUGAAUGUUUGGAUUUACUCGAGAUUAUUGGUGGACUUCUUUGCGGCUUUCACUAAUGAUAAACUAUACAAGCUGCAGGACGCAGAAGAGCAGCUAAGUUGGCGUCGUACGCAAGGAAAUUAUGCACGCAUAGCUUUCCUAUACUUCGCGAUGAGUUUGGGUGCCUUGGCCUCAGCGUUUGUGGGUGUACUCUACAGCGAGGAUUACGAGUUACCCUUUCCGUAUGCGCCACCCUUUGACUGGCGCACGCCGCGUGGCUAUUGGUACGCCUACUUCUAUGAGCUGCUGGCAAUGCCGGUCACUUGUCUCUCGAAUUGUGCCUUCGAUAUGAUACAGUGUUAUAUGUUGUUGCAAUUAUCGCUGUGUUUCAAGUUGAUUUCCGGUCGGCUAGAACGUAUGGGCGCUUUGCGAGAAGACAGCGCAUCGCGUGGAUUUAGUGAGUUUAGGCUUCAUCGGGAGUUUGUCGACAUAGUGCGCUUGCAUGCGCGCACCAAGAAACUCUCUCAGCAAUGUCAGACUUAUAUCUCGUUUCCCUUUCUCAUACAAAUUAUUUGUUCGUCGUUUGUGCUCUGCUUCAGCGCUUAUCGAUUGCAGAAGGUUCCAAUCCUAGAGAAUCCCACGCAAUUCCUCACGCUCGUUCAGGCGAAUUUAAUCAUGGUUUUACAAAUUUUCAUACCCUGCUACUGCGGCAAUGAGAUCAUACAGCACUCCAGCGGUUUAAAUAAUGCCACCUACAAUUCAGAGUGGUUCCGUUGCUCACCGAAAAUGCGUAAAUAUCUGGUCAUCUAUAUGGAAAUGCUACAGCGUCCAGUACGUGUGCGAGCUGGAGACUUUUUCGACAUCAGUUUGGCUAUUUUUACGAAGACCAUGAACAAUACUUACAGCCUAAUGGCGCUAUUGUUGAAUAUGAAUAAAUGA